UUAACUCAUCUACCGGAACUACUGUUGGAUUACACGUACGCUUGGACCCUCCCCGAAUUGCACAGUACAUAAAUAUAAAAAAGGAGGACACUAUUGAUGUGAUGACCAUUUGUGAAGUUGAAGUAUUCGAAUCAAACUGCGAGAUGGGAUAUUUUGGUGACAAGUGUUUACGACGGUGCCAUUGUAAGGGCCCAUGUGAUGUACUGUCUGGCAAUUGCAACGAGUGUGAUCCGGGAUGGUAUCCACCUACAUGUGAAACUGCUUGUUCACAAGGUUACUAUGGACAAAACUGCAGCGAAGAAUGUUCAUACAAUUGUGAAAACAAUAAUUGCAACUCACAGAAUGGCUCCUGCAUGCAUGGAUGUAAACCUGGAUAUGAUUAUAUAAUGAGCACAAACUGCUCGGUUGAAUGUACCACCGGCAGUUAUGGCGACAAGUGCUCUCGCAAUUGCAGUCAACAUUGUAUUGCUGAAGAAUGUCAACGUAUUAGCGGGAAGUGCAACCUUGGAUGCAAGCCUGGUUUUAAUUUCCUGAUGGACCCAAAUUGUGAAAGUCCAUGUGAAGAUGGAACCUAUGGCACGAACUGCAACAUGAAAUGCGGUGACUGCUUUCCAAAUAAAAUUUGUGACAAGCUGUCUGGCAUUUGUCCCAACGGCUGUAUGGUCGGAUUCAAAGGGACGACUUGUUCAGAACCUGAAAAGGAGGAGCGGAGGUUUACCGCCUCCGAGGUUGCCGGUAUGGCUGCAGGGUCGGUAGGAUGUUGUCUUCUCCUUGUCGGACUAGUGCAUGUUUGUGUUCUUGUAUAUAGAAGAUACAAGUCGGCCUCGACGAAAAGAGACUCCACUUACGUUAUUCCAGACGUAGAAAAUACUAAUACAGGGAGAGCAUACGAAGGCCCCUAUGAGAUGCCUCUUAAAAACAACGAUGAACAUAUGUAUCAGACAAUCCAGAACUGACACGUGUCAAGAAGUGUUCUCUGUGUGAAGAUGUGAUGUGUUUACUUUAUUUCACUGGAACUGCGAAUUAUGGGACUGCUUCAGUGACACGUAUACUAACAUUGCUUACAUGUGUGCUUCAGUGUCACGUACACCUACUACUUAUGUAUGUGCUUUAGUGACACUUAUGGGUAUGCUUCAGUGUCACGUACACCUAUGGGUGUGCUUCACUGACACGUUUACUUACAUGUGUGUUUCAGUGCCACUGAAACUUAUGUAUGCGAACCCUGUGCAAUUAAACGGGGUUAUGUUUAAACUUUUGGUUACUUGGGUUGUUUCUGUAGCUUUUCAUAUAAAUAUUGGAAGUCCCAAAUACAUAUAAAUGAAUGGCAAGUGCCGACAGUGUUUGCACAAAUCAACAAAGAAGAGCUACGUGGUUUAUAGAUGUCAAUGGAACCAUCUUAUCCUCAUAAUGUAUGAUUGAUAUACUGCAUUGUUC